AUGACCAAGUGGUUAGCCCCAAAACCCCAUUGGUAUAAAUUGAACUUUGAUGGGUCUGCCCAAAAUGCUCGCCAGGCUGGUGGUGGAAUCAUCUGCGACCACUUAGGGAACACUGUGGCAGCUUAUGUUGGCAACCUAAAGAACCAUACUAUCAUCCAAGUGGAGGGAAUGGCUCUCCUAUGGGGUCUGAAGUUUGCCAAUUCCAUUGGUAUUAAACAACUGGAAAUUGAAGGUGACUCGCAAAUUAUACUGGAAACGGUGAGUGGGAGAUCUACUGCUGGGUGGAAAGUUGAUUCCAUUUUGAGGGAUGUCAGGAUACUUAUGGCUAAUCUUGAUGGCUUCACCAUCCGACAUGUCUUUAGAGAAAAGAAUGCGGCUGGACACUCCAUGACGGCGGUGGGAAGGUUGCAGAAUGACUUACGAUGUUGGAGGAACCCCAAUUUGCUGCCAGUAACCACCAAGGUGAUCUUGGAGACAGAAAAAAAAACCAAGUCCAAUGAUGAACCCAUAUAA